AUGGAACCUAUCGAUGAUUUAGUUUGGAAUUCAGAGGUAUGUUCUGAAUGGAACCUAUCGAUGAUUUUAGUUGGAAUUCAGAGGUUCCGAAUGGAACCUAUCGAUGAUUUUAGUUGGAAUCUAGAGUUCCUGAAAUUCGGAGUUUCAGAUGGAACCUAUCAAAGAUAUUGGAAUUCAGAGGUUCUGAAUGGAACCUAUCAAAGAUUUUGGAAUUCAGAGGUUCCGGAUGGAACCUAUCAAAGAUAUUGGAAUUCAGAGGUUCCAGAUGGAACCUAUCAAAGAUAUUGGGAUUCAGAGAUGGAACCUAUCAAAGAUAUUGGAAUUCAGAGUAUACUUACCUCCGAAUCUUAA